AGCUUUGUAUUGUCAACCUCGUAGACCAUAAAUUGGAAUACAUUAUUUCGAGAUCAUCUGUGAGAUUUGAUAGCUUCGUUUUAUCAAUACUUUUAUUGGAUAACAGAUUUUAGCGGAUUAUAUGCAGUUACGAAAAAUCUCGAACUCGAUUUGGAUGAUAUUAUAACAAUAUGUGUACCGACCCAUUAAAUAGAAUAUGUCAUUGGGGACCACUAAUUGCUUUAGGAAUCAUAAAAAUUAUUACAAUAAUGACGAUACAUUGUACUACACAAUGGUGGCCACCUGAAGAAAGUUUUUGGGCAACAAUAAAUUUUUGUUUAUUUUUUGUCCUUAGUGGAUGUACUCUUUUUCAUUUCAUCAGUGCAAUUUCUGAGGGACCUGGUUUUUUACCAUUAAAAUGGAUGCCGGAAAAAGCGUCAGAUAUCCAAUUUUUGCAGUAUUGUAUCAUUUGUCAAGGAUAUAAAGCGCCAAGAUCUCAUCAUUGCAGGAAAUGUAAUCGUUGUGUUCUGAAAAUGGAUCACCAUUGUCCAUGGAUAAACAACUGUGUUGGUCAUCAUAAUCAUGGGCAUUUUACAGCAUUUUUAGCAAGUGCAGUUGGUGGCUGUUGCAUUUCCACCUUCAUAUUAAUUUCUUGGGUUGCAACUGUAUUAUCAUUCAAACCUAUACCAUUUCCACCACCCUCUUUUAUUACUUUGGUUUUAGUUGUUUUCACCAUCGGUUUAUCAAUUGGUGUGGUUUUUACAGUAGGAAUGUUACUUUUCUUUCAAAUGAUGGCUAUUUUAAAAAACAAAACAGAAAUAGAGGAUUGGAUAUUAGAAAAAGCACGUUAUCGUAGAUUUGGUACUGAUGAGAAAUUCGUCUAUCCAUAUUCAAAAGGAUGGCUAUUUAAUAUGAAACAAGUUUUUACAUGGGAUUGUUCUCCUGUAGGUGAUGGUAUACAUUGGCCUGUGAUUGAUAGUUGUGAUCAAUUCACAUUAACGAAAGAGCAAUUAGCACAAAAAGUGGAUAAACGGAAAAGGGCGCGUAAAUACAGAAUAAUAGAACCUUCUUCUGGCUCAUGGGUACCAAUUCGAUAUGGUUGUGGUGUAUUGUGUUAUCCUCCUUAUACAGAUGAAACACGAAUUAAAUUAAACGUAGGAGAUAUUGUGAUUGUUACUCGUUGGCGAAGAUAUUGGUUAUUUGGACAAAAGGAGCAAGAGACUGUAAAUGAUGUUUCCAUAAAACGAAUACGAGGAUGGUUCCCGCGACCCUGUGCAAUUGAAAUCAUAGAAAACAAUCAAUAUUCUUCUAAAUCUAAGUCUGACUAAAAUUUUAUUUUAAAAUGAUGGUGCAUUUAGAAGUAUAGCAAAACAUAGAAAAUAAAUAAUGCUAUAUCUAACGUGUAAUUGAAAAAGGCGAUAUCUGCGAUUUUUUGAUAUUCGGAUUUAUUUAUAUCGUUGGAUUCGACUUGUAAAACUCAAUCAGAUAUUAUAAAGAAAAGCAGUAAAAAAAAAUCCUAUGAAAUGUUAUUCGAGACAAUUAAAUACUGCUUUUACAUUUUCAGGAUAUUCUACGACGAAGAAAAGCAGUAUGUACCAAUAAAAGGAAUAAAGGUAGUAUUUUGAACGUUACUGCUUUAUUUCGUUAUAUGCUACUGUAAAAAACUUGUCAUAUGAUUUUUUUUAACAAGUAUAAAUACAUCAAUAAUUUUAAAAGCUUUUUUCCAAGGUAAUGGAAAAUUCUCAAAACUUAUAAAAUUCUCUUAGAGAUUUUGCCUUUCGCAAUUACACGAUAGAUGCAUAGUAUUAUAUUUUCAGUGGUGUGUCGUGUUCUUAGUUUGAUAAAUGAAUAUGCAUCCAUCAUUAAUAUCAUUUUAACAAAAAAUGAAUAAGAAUGCUCUAUAUGUGUUUAUAUCAAGACUUUAUAAUUUAUAUAAGUAUAUUUCGUAAAAUAUGAAAUAAUCAAACUCAGGUUUAAAACACAUUAUAUAUGUUCAUGACAUUUAAUCCUUUAAAUUAAAUUACAGAAAAAUUCUUAGAUUUAAUUUAGUUUAAGUUAGAUUUAAUAGUUGAAUGAUUUUUAUAUAGAUAGUAAAUUAUUAUUUAUAUUUUAUUAGAUUACAAAUGAUGAGAAUUUAUGAUACAAAAAAUCAUAGUAAUUUUAUUCAUGUAUAUACGAAACUGUAUCUAAUUAAAUGCUUCUCAUCAUACUUUUAGUUUAGCCAUAACAUGUGUUAGAAUUAUCAUGCAUGAUCUCUAAUUCCUAUGACAAUAAAAAAUAAGAUAUAUUCUCAGAUAUAUUUUCAGUGAACUUUAAACACUGUUCUCAGGGAUAUGAAUUUUUCAUAUAGGAAUUAAAUAGUUUUGAUCAUCAAUUUGAACAAACGAGCAAAUGUUAACGUAAUGAUAAAUCUAAUCUACAUCAGACAUAAACCCCCUUUUAUUUGUCUUUUUAUACAUUAUAUAUGAUACACUGAUUUUAAGUCUGUGAUAUUUUUGCUAUUGCUAUCUAUUUUAUAUUUGUAUUGAGUUCAAUGAGAAAUAUGUACAUGUAAAAAGUGUUGUUAUGUUGCUCAUAUAUACAUAGGUACUUAUAUUAAACUUAGUAAUUUAUAUAACUUCGUUAAUAUUUACGUACAAAAUCUUAUUUAUAUAUAAUUUACAACGAUAGACAAAAAUAGUACGAUAAAGUAAUGUUACAUAGAAUGAUUUAAGAACAAUGUAAAAUUAUUAAAAGUUAUUCUGUAAAAUUAUUAAAAAUCAUAUCACUUAUAAUUGCAGUCUGUCAUUUUGUACAAUAAGAUUUAGCUUUUUUUUAUGUGUGUCUUUCUACGUGUGUGUAUACAUGUGUGUUUGUAGUAUUCUUUGUAAUUAUUUUCUAUUAAAUUAUUUGAUACACAUACACACAGUUUAAAACACAAUAGUAUAAAAUAAAAGAAAAAUUACAAGAGGACCACAAUAUAAUAUAAUAUGUAAUCAAGUUGUGCAAUUGUAUUUGUGAUACGAGAUUAAUGUUAUAAUAAAAAUAAAAUAUUGAAA